UAUCCUCCUCCUCAACUAUCCGACCACAAAACAAAUCAACUGACAAAAGAAAAUGGCGCUACAAAUCCACACUUCGUGUUCCUUCUCCGCGAGACCCUAUCAUCUUCACCAUCUCGUCACGAGCAUAAACCCUAGAUUCUCAAUCAAAUGUCAGAAUUCACAAAUCGAAACCGAGACGACAGAGGAUCCGUCACAACCCAGGAAACCGAGCUCCUCCGGGGUUGGAUUCGGGUCGCCGGCUCCUUCAUCUUCUCCGGCUAAGAAAGGGAAAGGGAAGAAAGAGGUGAUCAGGCGCUCUCCCGUGGAGAAACCGGUGUUCAUCAGCGAAGAAGGUGCGGCCAAGGCGGAGGAGCUGAGACGGAACGAGAAUGCUUUUCUUCUUGCUUGGCUUGGCCUUGGUGGCGUUAUCCUCGUCCAAGGGCUUCUUCUUGCUGCUUCAGGCUUCCUUCCAGAAGAGUUGGAUAAGUUGUUUGUGAAGUAUGUGUAUCCGGUGUUUACUCCUUCGGUUGGAUUAUUUGUGGCUGGAACAACUGCAUAUGGAGUUCUUAAGUACUUACAAAAUGAGAAACUCAAGGAUCAAAAGUGAUUGGUGUUUAAUGGUUUAGGGUAAGUGUGUUUGCAAGUGGAGUGGAUAUACUCUAGUCAGAAGAGUUUGUGUAUUGAUCUGAUCUUUGUCCUUGUAUAUGCAUGCAAGAGAUGGUUAUGUAAAAAUAAAAAUAUGUUGGAAGAUAUAUUCAGGUUCUAUUAUCAUUUUA